GGUCUGAACGACUCGAAGAUGAUUGGUGUUUGCAUCUACAACAUCGUAGUUCUCAGUUUCCUCGGAGUCAUGGUGUCUUUGACUCUCAAAGCUGACUACGACCUUUACUACGGCAUCACGUCUUGCAUCAUCAUUUUGGCAACCACCGUCACGCAAUGUCUUAUCGUCAUGCCAAAAAUAAUCGGACACUUCAGUACAUCGCGAGUUGGAGAUCUUGGUGCCAGUAGAGUUGAACAUAGCAAUGAAAUAAACACUGACGUUUCCACGAACCGACUACAUAAUGAAGUUCACGAUAUCCACACCGUUACCUUGGCGCCGACCAUGUCCCGGGCAUGAAUGAAACUGCAGGGCAUGGCUGGUCAAUCAUAGACUUAUGAGGUGAUGGAAGGAAGGAAAUAUUUUAUUUAAUGAUUCACUCAACACAUUUUGUUCGAUUAGCAGCAAGGGAUCUUUUAUAUGCACCAUCCCACUGACAGGAUAGCACAUACCACCGCCUUUGAUAUACCAGUCGUGGUGCACUGACUGGAACGAGAAAUAGCCCGUUCACAGACCGACCGCGCAUCAAACGAGCACUUUACCACUGGGCUACAUCCCGUCCAGUUAUGAGGUGGUCGAUCACAGUAUGGACAUCAGGGCAAAUAUUUUAACAACAUAAUGAACAAUCAUCUGUCCUUUUACCUCGUUCACACAGAUAUUUAAACGCCUAAUUAUCACAUAUCAUCAUUUUAUGUACAAGACAAUCAAGUUGUAAAAUGUAUACUAUAAAAAUCAGUUAUGAGUUUGUUAAUCAGUGAUUCAAAUCAGUAUCAAAAUAUUAUUAUUAUUUCUUUGUUGGUGUGUUUUUGUUUGGGUUUUUCUUGUUGCUUAUUUCUUGCAGGUUUUUUAGGGGUUUUUUGUUGUUUGUUUGAGGAGGAGUUUGUUGGCUUUUUGCACACGCAAUCUCAAUCCUGGGACUGUUUCCAUGGUUUCUGCUUUCCAGCAAGCAUACUCGUAAUACGAUUUCCGCACAUCAUCUACCUUUGCUAUCUUCACGCUGCACACAACCAUUCACUUUUGAAUGUAUAUAUAUUCCAAUACAAUUGUUAUUUUAUGUUAUAUUAUAUUCUGUCAAAAAUAGAACGUCGGCCGGGCUAUAUUGAUGAUAUUUUUAGGAAGUACGGUUAUUUGGUAACUGACAUGCAAUAAUUAUCUACCAUUAACUCACAGCACCACCUCAGUUUGCUGUUAUAUAAGUGGCAAUAUAUCAUACAGGGAUUUCCCGUAUUUAAACCCUUAAACCUGCUACAUUUUUCUAUUAGAAGUAAGGGAUAUUUUAUAUGCACCAUCCCACAGACCACGGCCUUUGAUAUACCAGUCAUGAUGCACUGGCUGGAACGAGAA